CGACGACCCUAAGAAACUCACUCAAACUUUCACUCAUCUUUCGAGGACUACCUUUGAGCAUCUUCAUCACCAUGACUCUUGAGGAAGUGAUCACCGAGCAGGCCUCCGUGGAGCGCGCGGCCCAGUGCCACGGCGCGUGUCUGGAGGAGGUUUUGCUGUCCGCUCAGGACAACGACUGCCUGACCGUGGGCGUGUACGAGUCCGCUAAGAUAAUGAACCUUGAUCCAGACAGCGUGUCCUUCUGCGUGCUGGCCGUGGACGAGGACUUUGAGUGCGACAUCGCUCUGCAGAUCCACUUCACCCUCAUCCAGUCUUUCUGCUUUGACAACGAGAUAAGCAUCGUUCGGGUCAGCAACGUGCAGCGCCUUGCCGAGAUCGUGGGCGACAAGGCCGGACAGUUUGAAGACGCCCACUGCCUCCUCAUCACGAACCCCACCGACGGCUCAUGGGAGGACCCGUCUCUGGAGAAGCUGCACCUGUUCUGCCAGGAGAGCCGCGGGCAGAACGACUGGCUGCCGGAGGUCGCUCUCUUCGAGCGCUGAUCUGGCUUGCUGCCGAGAAGCCUUCAUUAAAACGGGAAUACUCAUCCUUAUGAACAGGAUGAACACGUUUCUACCCACCUACGACUGGAUACUCCUGAGGAGAAACCCGUCAAGGUAUAGCGCGGCGCCGGGCCCCCCCGAGGGCCCAUAAGUCCCGUGCCCGUCGUCUCUCGUCCCGUCCAUGCCAAGAUGACUCUCAUUCUUUAUGUGAAUGAGGUCCGGCAUGCCUCGAGAGCGACACAACGACCCUCAUUCUUUGUGCGGAUGAGGUUUGGAGAGAAAGGAGAAGCGAGUCGUGCAUUCUGCGGUUCCACGCGGAUCGCGACGUCGCGAGUUGAAGCAGCCGCAGCAUAGGAGAAGAAGCGGUGCUGAGAAGGAGACGUCGAUAGGAAAAGACUUUCUAAAGACGCUCUCUUGCCGAAUGGCCGAAUGUUUCCCACUUUCCAGAAUUGUCUUAAUUCUCUAAAGGUUUCACUUUAGAAAUUUAAUGAUGACAAGAUGAAUAUUGAAAAAAAAAGAAUUCUGAACAAAUUCUUUACUUAUAAUGCGUCUAAAGGUUUAACUUUAGAACAUUU